AUGAAAGGUAUUCAAAUUCACAACCAACAGGUCCCUCGUUUUAAACGCCCCACACUACAAAAAUAUGAGAGUGUCACCACAUGUAAUCCAGCAAAUGGGGAGUUUUUAAAGACGCAUGAAGAGUACACCCCAGCAAAUGUUGGAACGCGUCUAGUCGAUACUCGGUUCAAUAUAGAAACUCGUCCACUUCAAAAGAAUAUGUUAUUCACCGACGACGGGAAGAUCAACUUGAAGUUACUGAAAAACCACUUCCAACGCGAAGGUAAAUUGACCACAGAAUGUGCAUUGGAAUUGGUUCAGCGUUCUACUAAACAACUUUCUGCAGAGCCAAAUAUGUUAGUCCUUGAAGCACCAAUAUAUGUCUGUGGUGAUAUCCAUGGCCAAUUCUAUGACUUGCUGACUAUCUUUGAUAUCACCAAAAAUGACUCCUGUGGGUACCUCUUUUUGGGAGACUACGUUGAUAGAGGCGACUUUGGGUGUGAAGUCCUUUUCUACCUCUUAGCACUCAAACUCACGUACCCCGAGAAAUUCCAUUUACUUCGAGGGAACCACGAGAGUCGAAUGAUGACGGAGAACAUGACAUUUAACAUCGAGUGUGAGUACAAAUACAACUCGACUGAAUUACUCCAGAACAUCCAUAACUUGUUUGACUCAUUACCACUCGCUGCUUUGGUCGAGGGAAAUGGACUUGGGAGAUUCUUGUGUACCCACGGCGGGAUAUCACCACAAUUGCAGACUUUGAAGCAAUACGACACCAUUAAUAGAUUCACAGAACCACCAACGUCUGGCCCAAUGUGUGACUUGUUGUGGGCUGAUCCAUUCGACCAAGCACACCCAGAGACAAUGGAUAAGAGAAGAGUCGACGCUUGGCUCAACACUGAUUUUGUGGAUAACACGUUGAGACAAACAAGUGUCAUGUUUGGCCUCAGAGGACUCCUUACUUUCCUCAACAAAAAUGACUUGAUUUGCUUAGUUAGAGCACAUCAAGUUAUGGAGGAAGGGUUCAAGUUGCACUACUUCAUGCAGAACAUCGAUUUGCCCCCAUGCAUCACUGUGUUCUCUGCUCCAAACUAUUGUGACGCGUAUCAGAACAAGGCCUCUGUCCUCAAAAUUAACACGGAGAAUAUCUGCUUUGAACAGUUCGAAUACGUCGACCACCCAUUCAACUUCCCCGACUUUUUGGAUUGCUUCAAUUACUCUCUUCCAUCACUUAUGGAAAGUUUGGUAUUGGUCCUUUCGGAAUUGGUUGUUGCUGUGAAGGAGGAAGACGUCGAUAAGAUCUCCAUUUCCGAGAAGGUUGCCGACGAUCAGUUAAAGCAAAAAAUCGACGCAUUGAAAGAGAAGACGGAGAAAGAAUAUGAAAGCAAAAAGAAGAUGCUUGAGCUGAGAAAGGAGGUGAAAGCGAUGAAAACAAUCAACAAAGAUUGGUUCGACAAAAUACUGCGAAUCGAUCAAGGCAACGAGUGUAGACCAAAGAGUUGCAGGGUCUCUACUAGAGGAGAAAGACCACGUAAUGUAAGAACAGUCUCGGAUUCGCAUAUCACACUUGUGGAUCAAAAGAUUUAA